ACCGCCCGCCCGGGAUGCGAGCUCUGCUGCUGCAACAAGCUCACUCGCGUGAUUCCACACACGGGCGUCACGCGCAUUAUCCUUAAUUUACAUAUAUAACACCGCCCAGGGGGACGAACAUGAUAAUCUACCGUCGGCUAGAAGCUAACCGUGAGGAGGGGAGGAAAAAAGGACAGAAACAAAGUUUGGACGAGAGAGGGCUGUUUUAAACCAAGCGAAGGGUUUCGACAGAGACGAACAGGCGCUUGUCGGGCUCUUUGCCCCACUUUUGGAUUACGAUAUGGACGCUUUGAAAUCCGCUGGAAGGGCAAUUAUACGGAGCCCCAGUAUCGCCAAACAGUCGUGGGGUGCGGGCAAACAUAAAAAGCUUCCAGAGAACUGGACGGACACGAGAGAGACCCUGCUGGAAGGCAUGGUGUUCCACCUCAAGUACCUGGGGGUCACAAUGGUUGAGCAGCCCAAAGGAGAGGAGCUGUCUGCGGCUGCUGUCAAGAGGAUAGUGGCCACGGCCAAAGCAAGUGGAAAAAAACUCCAGAAAGUCACGUUAACAGUCUCCCCACGAGGAAUCAUCCUUUAUGACAGUGCCUCCAACCAGCUCAUAGAAAAUAUCUCCAUAUACAGAAUAUCAUACUGCACAGCGGACAAGAUGCAUGACAAAGUGUUUGCCUACAUUGUCCAGAGCCAGCACAACGAGACUCUCGAGUGUCAUGCCUUCCUCUGCACUAAGAGAAAAAUGGCCCAGGCGGUAACCCUAACGGUGGCUCAGGCUUUCAGAGUGGCGUUUGAAUUCUGGCAGGCUGCCAAGGAAGAGAAAGAGAAACGAGUGAAGUCAGGUUCAGACGGGGAAGGAGCCAGCAACUCGCAGUCAGAGAGCUCGGCCAGCCUGGGCAGCCUGAAGGGAGGAGAGGUAGCCACGGGGAAACUUCUGGACUUGGCCGAGGGAGCCAACGCGGCGCAGGUCCACUCAGGAACAAAGCAGACUGAAUCGGAUCCCUUUAUGGUGCAUAAUCACACAACAGAGAACAACAAUACUGUAUGGGAGUUGGAGGACGGUCUGGACGAGGCUUUCUCAAGACUCGCUGAGUCUCGCACUAACCCCCAGGUCCUGGACAUUGGGGUAAACCCUCAGGACUUAAACACUGAAGAGUGCCUGUCCCCAGGCAAAUGGGACCAAGAGGACACAGACUUCACUGCACAAAAAGACACUUUUGGGUGCUAAUGUGAAGCCUCCGCCAAGAAGGGAAACAGCAGGGAAAGAUGAGGAGAGAUGGUGUUUAAAAGAAGAGAAGUAGCAGAGCAGACUUUUGUGACAUUAAGCAAGGCGUCCCACCUUCUCCCUGCUGCCGAGUCCUCGCACUGGUGCAGCCUCGUGGCUCUCUGAUGCUUCUGCAUCUGCACGACCAGAGGAGGACAACAUGCUCACAGAACAGGCCAAAGCAAUAGAAACUAAUUUCUCCCUUUUCUAUGGAAAAAAAACAUGCAGUUAUUUAAUGUUUGUUACAGUCAGUGUAUUACUUCCUUUUUUUUGUGUCUGUUUACCCAUUCACUGUUUGUAAUGUGUUUGUGGUAUGUGCUUGUGUACAUUGUGCACAGAAUGUGUGUGUGUGUGUGUGUGUGUGUACAGUAUAUAAUGUACAAACUGAGAAAUGAGAAUGAUGAUGAGUUGAGUGUGGGACAGUUCAUUAAGUGAGUUAAAGGUCAACAAAGGUCAUGUAUUUUAUGUACUUAGAGAUUGAGAAAUGUAACUGGAUUAGAGGCUAACAGCCGCUGGUGAAGGCCACUGACGCACCAGUUCAAAAAUUCAGCAAAACAAUUAAGUUACUACCUAUGCCCUUCAAGACAUCAGCCUUUAAUUGGGCAACAAAAGCUUUACAAAAAAAUGUGUGUAUGUGUUGGUCAGAGAGUUUGUGUGGGGUGGGGUGGGGGGCGGGGGAUGAGAACAAGUUGACAAUCUUAUUUUUUUUUUUCUAAUGCAAAAUCUAUUUUUGCACUCAGCAGUCAUCCAUCUUUAAAAGCACACAUUUCAUGUAAGGGAAUUUAAUGUCAAAAUGCAUAAAACUCAUUAUUUAGGCUCAUACACAGUGCCUCUAUUCACUCCUCUGUGUGGACUGUUUCAUGUUUUACUGUUUAACAACUGUGAACACAGUGAAUUCAUUAUGCUGCUUUUACUGAAAUGUUUAAGGAUCGUAGACAAGAUUGGACGGAUGGGGAGGCAGGGGUGAGUCGCAGGGGUGAGUCGAAACUUGCUUUGUUUCCCUUUGACAUCACGGUCUUUUCUUUGAUCAUGUCAGCAGGCCUCAUUAAAUGACUGUGAUUCAUAGCUGAAUGAGCAAAACAUGAAAGUCCAAAGGGGUGAAUAUGUUUUAUUGGCACUCUAACCUUGUAUGUUAAAUUAUAUUGUUACAUUGACUUUGGUAGUUUACUAUUUUUUUCCAGGUAUGGUUCCCUGCGUUACUUUCGGCAUUUUGGUUAUGUAUGAAUUUAAUUUAAUUCAUUAAUUUACAUAAAUUUCAAUAAAAGCAAAGUUGUAUGUGUGUGAUGUUUAUUAAAAAUUCA